UUCUCAGAAAAAUGAGUUCCAAAUGUACGUUAAUUUUGAGUUCAGUAUUACAUUUCUCUGCCUUUUCACAAGGGAGUGGUCUAAGUUUAAAUUACUACACUAAAACAUGCCCUGAUGUUGAAUAUGUUAUUGCACAAGUUGUCUGGGAAGCAACCAUGAAAGACAAAACUGUCCCAGCAGCACUGCUCAGAAUGCAUUUCCAUGACUGUUUUAUAAGGGGAUGUGAUGGUUCUGUGUUGCUGAACUCAAAACGGGGAAAUAAAGCAGAAAAGGAUGGACCUCCAAAUGUUUCACUGCAUGCAUUUUAUGUAAUUGACAGUGCAAAGAAAGCAGUUGAAGCUAUCUGCCCUGGCAUUGUCUCUUGUGCCGAUAUAUUGGCCUUAGCAGCUAGAGAUUCUGUUGUGCUGACUGAAGGGCCAACAUGGGAGGUUCCUAAAGGAAGAAAGGAUGAAAAAAUAUCACAGGCCAGGGAAACUAGACAAUUGCCAGCUCCAACCUUCAACAUUUCUCAACUUCAACAGAGCUUUUCUCAAAGAGGUCUCUCCAUGGAAGACCUUGUGGCUCUUUCAGGUGGACACACUCUAGGUUUCUCUCACUGUUCAUCCUUCCAGAAUAGGAUCCACAACUUCAACUCGACCCACGACAUCGACCCGACCCUUCAUCCAUCCUUUGCAGCAAGCUUAAAAAGCAUUUGCCCCAUCAAUAAUAAGGCAAAGAAUGCGGGCACCAAAAUGGAUCCUUCAUCGACAACUUUUGAUAACACCUACUACAAGCUAAUACUCCAGAAGAAGAGUCUGUUCUCUUCGGAUCAGGCUCUUCUCACAAUUCGAAAGACAAAAGAUUUAGUUUCAAAGUACGCAAGCUCAAAAAAAGCUUUUAACACAGCAUUCGUUAAUUCUAUGAUUAAGAUGAGCAGCAUCACAGGAGGUCAAGAGGUUAGAAAGGAUUGCAGGGUGGUAAACUGAAGUCUCUAAGCUUAUUUCAUAUAGAAUUUUGGCAUCCACCUAUGGAUAAUCCAGCAAAAUUAUCAUUUGUAUGAUUGCUUUAAUGAUAAAAUUGCCUUCUAUGGGCGUAUCACAGUAUGCACAAGCAAUAGAAUGAUAUUAUUGAUUGCAAGUUUCAAGAUCAAUAUAGUCAUAUUUGAUGGAACGAAGGCUACAGAUAUUCCUGAAAUGCUAUUACUAUGAACAAAUUUAUGUUCAAUGAAGGAAAUCUCAUCACAUGCUCUGGCUACGUUCAAAUUUAUGCAAUGACAUCAAGCCUCCUAAAAUUCCCUCUGCAACCUUGAAUAAACAAGCACUAAGAAUUUCAUGCAAUGAAUUAUAACCACUCCCAAUU